GAGGAGGGAGAGGUGCGGACGUCGCAGGCGCACAGCUGACUGGGAGCCCUGGCCCCUCCGUCUCUGACAGAAUGUGGCAGAGUAGGAAGUGAUGCUGGGGCUUUAUUCACUGCAGAUAUGGUUAGUCAACCUCUCUGGAUGGUAUGUUGACGUGUAUCAAACAUCGGCUGAGACGGUGUCGGGUACAAGGGGGAAUACUCUAAAACCGGGCACGCUCAACAUGGGCCAGUGUGUCACCAAGUGUAAGAAUCCUUCAUCCACACUGGGCAGUAAAAAUGGCGAGAGGGAGUCCGGCAAGCAACACAAGAGAAGCUCAGGUCAUAAGGAAGAGCACGCGGCCGUCUGCGGGAAGGCAUCUGGGGACAUUCUGGCUAAUGGAACAAAGAAAGCAGACGCCGCGGUAGAAGCGGGUCAACAACAACCUACUGGUGACACAAAGAAAAAAGACACCGGCAUAGGGGUAGAGAUGUCAUCGGCACAGCGAAUCGAGGAAUUAUUUAGGAGAUACAAGGAUGAACGGGAGGAUGCUAUAUUAGAAGAAGGCAUGGAGCGGUUUUGCAACGAUCUGUGUGUGGAUCCUACAGAAUUUAGAGUGUUAGUGUUGGCUUGGAAAUUCCAGGCUGCCACAAUGUGCAAAUUCACUAGAAAGGAAUUCUUUGAAGGCUGCAAGGCUAUAAAUGCAGACAGCAUCGAGGGCAUUUGUAACCGGUUCCCCAGCCUUUUAAAUGACGCCAAGCAGGAAGAUAAGUUUAAGGAUCUGUAUCGCUUCACCUUUCAGUUCGGCCUGGACUCUGAAGAAGGGCAGCGGUCGCUUCACAGGGAAAUUGCCAUCGCCCUGUGGAGGCUUGUGUUCACUCAAAACAAACCCUUCAUUUUGGACCAGUGGUUAGACUUCCUAAUCGAGAACCCCUCAGGAAUCAAGGGAAUCUCCCGGGACACGUGGAACAUGUUCCUAAACUUUACUCAGGUGAUUGGACCAGAUCUCAGUAACUACAGCGAAGAUGAGGCCUGGCCUAGUCUCUUCGACACCUUUGUGGAAUGGGUCAUGGAGCAAAGGAAAAAGGAAGAAGAAACCAAAUGUAUUACUUUUUCAGGAACAGAUGAUUGGAGUAUAGAUGAACAGACUUAGCUGUGCGUAAACCCAUCCCAGUGAUCUUCAUUAAAUGGAAACUCUGGACCUUUUCUGGAAAUUUAAUGGAGAACCCAACUUUUGAUUUCGUAAUAACACCUUUUUCUGCCUUGUCUUUAAAAGGGCUCUAAAUGCUGGCAAUGUGAUUCAGGCACUUUCUUACCAUUUGGUUAUUUCUAACAGUUAUUAUUUUUUUAAGUAAAGAUUUCCUCGUAAAGUGCCAGAAAGCAUUUUCGUCUUGAUAUUUCAGGUUUGCCUGAUGCUAAUUAUAAAUUAACGGGGCGCUUGAAAAAGGGGCAGGAGAAUUUAUUUAACUAAAACCCUCUUAUAUUAUUGAAAUUUGCAAAGCAAUGCAUUGCAGGACCUCUGGUUUAAAAAAUUGGUGCCGACCUUUGACUCUUAACAUGUCUUGCAGCAUUUUUUUUUUUUUUAAUAUAUAAUUUAAUUUUACUUUUUAUAUGAAGUCAUUCUUGGCUGGAAACUUCCACUAAUGCACUAGUCUGUGACAAGUCAAGAUGAGAAAAAAAAUCCAGCAUAAAAUCUUGAAAAAAUUCUGUGUGUCUAAAAUUCAGUGGACUGGUGCAGUUUCUUGCCCCCAUUCCAUGAAUAGUUAAUCUGGGGGUUGUUUUAACCCUUAGUGGUGAAGAUUUGUGUGAUCCCCCCCCCCACAUCCAUGAACCCUUUGGUGCCAUUCACGCCUAUAGUAAAGCUGCAAGGCACACAAGGGUUUAAGAUAAAGCAGCUCUUAUAGAGAGCCGGGGUCACGUUCCUGAUCCUGUGAUCAUCAGGGUAGUUCCUUACUGUGUGUAGUGGCGUUUACGUUGUUGGAUUUCCAAGAGCUGUAACCAUUCGAUAUGGGAAUGAGAAGGGAACUAAUUAUUUUCUUUUUCUCUGAAGCUAUAAUAGCAUUAAAAUAUUUAUAUAAACAUAUAUGUGCAUUAAAUCAUGUGAAGACUGCAACAAGGCUGCCACUUUUUUAUUAAAUCUGUUAUAUUCCAUUAAUAUAACUAACAUUGUAAACUGAAAGUGAAGGGCAAUCCUGCCCCCCCCCCAUAAUUUUAUGAAUAAUGAUCAUGAAGGACUGGAAGAACAUUGGCACGUGUUUUUAUACAGGACCAGCUAAUUGGUGACAGGUUGAACCGAUGCAAUGUAUUUUAUGUGGAUUUUUUAAAAACAUUUCUACGUAAGCUGACACUAUACACUAAUUCCAUCUAUAACAAAAUGUGAACACACUAAAAGAAAUGACAACCUGAUAUUGCUAUUGGAAGCCACUGGUUACUUUAUACUCCAUAGGACCAUAAGAAAAGCAAACAAUAUUUUGUAUUUAAUUCUUACAGUACAGUAAUUAUUUUUUUAUGGUGCUUUACUGAAGCAUGCGUUCAGUUGUACCAAUGUCCUUAUUGCAAAGUUCGGCAACUAUGCCUUUCCAGUUGUUAUUGAACUACAAAUACUAUGGGUGCAAAUUGUGAAUAUACAUGUAAUGGGUUAUCCCGUGCGUUGGUUUAUUUGCUAUAAUUCAGACUAAAGGCUGAAAUGUCCUGAAGUAUGGAAAAACAAAA